GCUCUCCUGGUAGACCUGCGACACCUGGGACCACAAUUGCGCGUUCAAUACCUGGUUUGAUAUCUGUCAAUACCCCUCUUUUCCACACCCACUCCCCGAAGUCCGAGUCGUUUCAGAGAGCCUGGAACACUUAUAAAUCGAGUCUUCUUGGACCACAAUGGACGCUUCCGGAGAACAAGGAGGAGCUGGUGAUAAGCGUAAGAGACGCGAUAUGGGUAGGUCCGAAUGGAGUCGGCAACAAACAGAUAAGCGAGGCCAAAAUGAACAGUUAGAGAAUACCAAGCGACAGAAGCGCGAAAAGGGCGAAUUCGUGACGCCCAUUUAUGCCACACACUUUCCGCAAGAGGAUAUUGACAGCGAGAAACGCCGGCCAAAGAAGAAGGUCGCCGUAUUGCUUGGAUACUCGGGAACAGGCUACCAUGGCAUGCAAAUGAGUACCACAGAGAAGACCAUCGAGGGAGAAUUAUUCGCAGCCUUCGUCGCAGCCGAUGCUAUCUCGAAGGCAAACGCAGCCGAUCCUAAGAAGUCUUCCUUUGUGCGAUGCGCACGUACCGACAAGGGGGUUCAUGCGGCAGGGAAUAUCGUGUCCCUGAAAAUGAUUGUGGAGGAUCCGGACCUUGUGCAGAAGAUCAAUGAGAAGCUCAGCCCCCAGAUCCGAGUCUGGGGUAUCGAGCUUGCCAAUAAGAGUUUCAGCUGCUACCAGAUGUGUGACUCUCGCAUCUAUGAGUAUUUGAUUCCAACGCAUUGCUUUAUCCCACCGCAUCCGAGCACACACCUGGGGCGGGCGCUAGUAAAGAUGGCUGAGAAGGAAGGCGAUCUUGAUGCAUACAAGGCCAGGCAGGAGGAAGUUGCCAGCUUCUGGGAUGAAACUGAUGAGAACUAUGUCAAGCCGAUCCUCGAGCAGCUUCCCGAAGACAUCCGCGAUUUGGUUGAAAAGGCACUUCAUAUCGGGACCGACGACACAAGGGCGUCUUCUGAAGAAAGGGAAGAAAAGCGUGCGCCGGCUGAUCAGGAAGAAACCCAAGAGAGCCCUGCUGCUUCUCUGCAGGCUACCGAGGCCGGCCCGGACGCGAGUGGUGAAGAGGCAAUCGACCCCAAAAGGCUUCAGGUGAUUCAAACCGUGAAGCAAAUCAAAGCCGCCUACCUCAAGGCUAAAAAGGCCUAUCGGAUCCCCCCCGCUCGUCUACAGCGAGUCCAGGCGGCUCUGGAUAAGUACCUUGGCACCAAGAGGUUUUGGAACUAUACCAUCCAGAAGACAUAUACCGAUCCUUCGGCAAAACGCCUGAUUAAAUCCUUCAAUGCCAAUCCGACGCCAAUCAUCAUCAACGGCACCGAAUGGCUAAGCAUGAAGGUCCACGGCCAGAGUUUCAUGAUGCAUCAAAUCCGUAAGAUGGUCGCCAUGGUCGCCUUGGUUGUCCGUUGCGGAUGCGAUCCCGAGCGAAUUGACGAGACAUACGGCCCUACUCGGAUUGCGAUCCCCAAGGCCCCGGGACUGGGCCUUUUGCUCGAACGCCCCGUGUUCACCAACUACAGCCGGAAGGCCGUCGAAUCAGGCAAAAAUCCCAUCGACUUUGACAAAUAUGACAAGGAGAUCUCCGAAUUCAAGCAGCGAGAAAUCUACGAUCGCAUCUUCCGCGAAGAGGAAGAGUCGAACGCCUUCAAUCUGUUCUUCAAUCACAUUGAUCACUUCCCUGGAGAAGAGUUCCUCUACAUCACUUCUGGCGGCGUGAAAGCAGCAAAGCCCGUGGGCGAGCCGUCAACGGCUCCCGUCCCUGCUGGGGAGACAGCGAAGCAGGACGAAGGCUCCGCCACUCUCAAGAAGACGGAGCAACAGGAAGAAAGCAAUGUUUUGGCCUCGGUGGAGGUGGAUGGCGAGGAAGAUACUGAUCUUCCCAAGACUGGUGAGGAAGAGGGCUAACUAAGUAAAUUUGCGAUUUACUGCAGAUAGAUCUUUUAUUAUAUUGCGUCUUGAAAGAUGGUGUACUUUUUAUUUAAAUAUUCAUGAACAGCAUGCUUC